UUCACGGUUUUGGGUUGUUGUUUUUUUUAGAUCUUCAUAUGAUUUUUUUAUCAUGGCAAAUGACACUUUGGAAGGUUUUCAUGAAGUGAAUCUAGCUUCCCCCACUACUCCAGAUCUUUUAGGAGUGCAUGAAUCUAAAACUUCUGAAGAACCUACCUCACCCACCGUUAUUUACCGCCUUCAUCCCUCAGCAGUGUGCUCCCUGCCUAUUCAGCCAAGUGCUCUGAAUGUGACUGACCUUCCUACACAACCCGUCUACUCAUCUCAUAGGCACCUAAAUUGUGCAGAAACACCAGGUAUCAGCAUCAAUGUUACAGAAACUGUACCCUGUUCUACCUCAGGAACGUAUGGUGGGUUAUCCAAACAUGAUAAUUCCAGGAAGGACAACUGUAGUGCAGAGAGAGAAUUUUUGCAGGGUGCAACAGUAACAGACUUUUCUGAAGGAAGAGAUGACAUUUUUGGGCUGAGCACAGAUAGUCUCUCUCGGCUGCGAAGCCCAUCGGUAUUGGAAGUGAGAGAAAAAGGGUAUGAGAGACUGAAAGAGGAACUCGCUAAAGCUCAAAGGGAGCUGAAACUAAAAGAUGAAGAAUGUGAGAGGCUUUCCAAAAUACGUGAUCAACUUGGCCAGGAACUGGAAGAACUCACUGCUAGCCUGUUUGAGGAAGCUCAUAAAAUGGUGAGAGAAGCUAAUAUAAAACAGGCCACAGCAGAAAAACAGCUGAAAGAAGCACAAGGAAAAAUUGAUGCACUUCAGGCUGAAGUAGCAGCUCUGAAAGCAUUAGUGCUAUCUACUUCUCCAACAUCACCAACAAAAGAGGUUCAGUCUGGUGGAAAGACAGCCUUCAAAAAAGGCCACGCAAGGAACAAGAGUACAAGUAGUGCAAUGGGUGUCAAUAACCAGGAACUCACCAUGAUGCAGCCAAUUGUAAAGGACUGCAAAGAGGCUGACGUGUCUCUGUACAAUGAAUUCAGAUCCUGGAAGGAUGAUCCUACCAUGGACAGGGCAUGCCCUUUUCUCAAUAAAAUCUAUCAGGAAGAUAUCUUUCCCUGUUUAACCUUCUCAAAAAGUGAGCUGGCAUCUGCUGUCCUGGAAGCUGUAGAAAACAAUACAUUAAGCAUCGAGCCUGUUGGUCUGCAGCCUGUUCGAUUUGUAAAAGCUUCUGCAGUUGAAUGUGGAGGACCCAAGAAAUGUGCUCUCAGUGGACAAAGUAAACCCUGCAAGCAUAGAAUCAAGCUGGGGGAUUCAGGAAACUAUUACUAUAUUUCUCCUUUCUGUAGGUAUAGGAUCACAUCAGUAUGUAAUUUCUUCACAUACAUUCGGUAUAUUCAGCAGGGGCUUGUGAAGCAGCAAGAUGUGGACCAGAUGUUUUGGGAAGUAAUGCAACUAAGGAAAGAGAUGUCGCUGGCAAAACUUGGCUAUUACAGGGAGGAGCUGUAACUCCAGCAUUUCUGGUGCCUGCAUGAACUUCCAUAACUAUACAUACUUUUGAGCUGGUUCUAAGUCCAUGUCUAUUUAUUUUGAAAUGGGUCCAAGAUGUCUUUUAUGUGCAAAUUGCACUACAUACUCCUGUAAUUCAACAAAAUAAUCUUACACAAGAGAUUAAAGCUGGCAAGGCAAGAGAAUUUGCAGGUGCACUUGUGACUGUAACUUACGACUGAGGAAUUCAGGUGAAACACUGCUCAAGAUUUCUGCUGAUUUUUGUGUGUUCUAGAGAGAGUUUUUAAUAUAAGAUUUCAGCUUAAUAAAAGAUUAAAUCUGAA